AUGACAGACGUUGAUGCACUCGUCACAGCAAAAGGGUCAUCGUGGCUCGGCUGGUUCGGAAGAGCGAUAUUGUUCAUCCUCCAGCUGCUCUCAUCCAUUGUCUACUGGAGUUUGAAGCUCACCACCAUUUCUGUCUCAACUCUGAUAUAUCAGCUGUUUGCCACGAAUCUGACCGUCACCAUGAAUUUUACAACACUGGCGUUGAUAUUUGCCAUGGUCGUGUCCGCGGUUACAUGGGUCGUAAGAUACAGGUACUUGAACAUGUACUCUCGCCUUCCCCCCGAACCUCAACGCAAGGAGCCCGAACUUGAUCUUCCUCCGGAUACUCAUGAUGAAGGAAGCAAGCCAGGCCUGACAAACUACUUGGACGAAUUCCUCAGUGGCCUGAAGAUCUUUGGAUACCUUGAACGCCCUGUCUUCCACGAGUUGACUCGAAGCAUGCAGACCAGAAAACUCAUUGCGGGCGAGACGUUGAAUCUAGAAGAGGAGCAGGGCUUCUGUCUUGUGGUUGACGGCCUGGUGGAGAUAUUCGUCAAAUCAGCGAAGCGAAAUGGUGGCAGUGAGGCAACGAGUUCCUCCAACGAUGAAGAACAUCAGUUCUCUUCGGGCAAUCAGCCUUACCAGCUUCUUACUGAGGUUCGAAAUGGAGCGCCAAUGUCGUCACUAUUCUCCAUCAUGUCAUUGUUUACCGAAGAUGUACAGCUACGACUACCAUCUGAUGAUUCCGCACCAGCUUCGACUGCGGCUUCCUUUAAUGACCACCUUGGACCUCCAAGUGCUGCGCUGGCACAUGCACGUCAUGUGUCAGAUUCCUUACCCACCACACCUCUGCCCGACAGAGAUGGAAAGCGAGCGCAACUGGUGGACGAGGCCGAGGUUAUACCUCUUAGCUCUCCCAAUGGAAGCUACUUCAACCAGAUCCCGCCGAUGUCACUCGAUCAGUCGUCAACACCACGGCGUCCAGCUCGUCCUAUACCGAGGAGGAUGGCCACCAAGUCUGUUCAUCCUGACAUUGUCGCCCGGGCCACUGUCGACACCACUAUCGCUAUUAUCCCGGCUAAUGCUUUUCGUCGGUUGAUAAAAAUGUACCCGAAAGCUACUGCACACAUUGUUCAUGUCAUUUUAUCCAGGUUCCAGCGUGUAACCCUUGCCACGGCGUACAACUACCUAGGCUUGUCAAACGAAGUGCUGCAUAUCGAGAAGAGCAUGAUCAAUUUCUCAGCUUGUCAACUGCCCAAUAUAUUGCGCGGUGACGCUCUUGAACGGCUCAAAGAGAAGUUUCAAUCAGAGAGAGAACGAACCAGCGAAGAGGAUAGUGGCAAGGGUAUCGCUCUGCAUAAUGCAUCAACCACCUCUCGCCGGCGCAGUUCUAGCACAGGUCUACGGAGAGAGGCCGUCGUGCAGGCUAUGACCAAGGCUCGGGCGACCUCGGUCGUCGCCUCGACCAUCGCUCCGCCCAGGGAGCGGUCAUCCCUACAUACUGCUGGCCCUGGUGACUUACUAGCUAAUAUCCAAUCUGCACGCACUGGCGGUUCUCGGGUACCAGGAACACUUGACAUUCCUGUCACACCUUGGCAAUCUGGAGAUCCUUUUGCACGCGCGGACGGCGCCAGCCCUUUGACCCGUCACGCGUUUGACCCAUUUUCUACUCAAAAGCGGACACGCAUUUCGAUGGAUCCCAGAGAGUCGGUUGACGAGGACAACCUGUUUCGAGUAUCUAUCUUAGAAUGUGUAUUUACCGCUCUGGGACUGAGCUCUGGAGGUUCUUCCAGAGGCCCGGAUUCUGUGGAAGCAUCUCCACGGCUUGUCUCUUACGAUCAGCGGAGACAAAGAGCGGUCUUCAGCAACAAUGCUUUUGGAUUCAUGGAUUCUGUCGAAGGUUCACACGACUGGGAUGCAGAGUCGAUGACAUCUGGUGGCAUGUCCAUGACUGGAGUCCCAAAUCCUCAGCUUCUUGCGGCAGAAAUGCGGCAGGAGGUCGAGAUUGUCUUCUUUCCUCAGGGUUCUGUGCUCGUGGAGCAGGGAGAGCGUAGUCCCGGCAUCUACUAUGUAGUUGAUGGCUUCCUUGACAUCGGUGUACCAUCUGAAGAUUCUAGCCCAGAGAUUCUGAGCUCCUCCAGCCGAAUGUCUAUGUCAGCCAUGCACCGUGAAGAUGCCCAAGCAUCACACAUACGCUCUUCCUCCAAAACGCCCACCCCUUCCAGCCGAGCGUCCAAUGCAGGGAUUAGUGCAGCCGAGAGCAAGAAGAAGAGCAGGAUAGGCCGACGUAAUGUUGGCCUCGUCAAACCCGGAGGUCUUGCCGGUUACAUUGGAACGGUCUCGUCGUAUCGCUCCUUUGUUGAUGUCGUGGCCAAGACAGAUGUCUAUGUUGGUUUUAUACCUCGAGCAUCGUUGGAGCGUAUAGUGGAAAAAUACCCUAUCGUUCUGCUCACCAUGGCUAAGAGACUCACAAAUCUCCUGCCGCAGCUUAUCUUGCAUAUUGAUUUCGCGCUUGAAUGGGUCCAAAUCAAUGCCGGUCAGGUUUUGUUCAACAAGGAUGAAGAGAGCGAAGCCAUUUAUCUAGUGCUCAACGGGCGACUUCGUCUCAUUGAGGACAGGAGAGAUGGCGGGCUCAACGUUCGUGCUGAGUUUGGUCAAGGUGACAGUGUCGGUGAGCUGGAGGUCCUGACCGAAUCCACUCGAUCGGGCACUUUACAUGCUAUUCGAGACACCGAACUUGUAAAGUUCCCUCGAACAUUAUUCAACAGUCUUGCACAAGAACAUCCGAAUAUCACCAUCAAGAUCUCCAAGAUCAUUGCGUCUCGAAUGAGGACGCUGGUGGACGACCCCUCCAAAGCAUUGGCUAAGGAUAGCACAGCUGGAACGUCUAUCAACAAGAUCUCUUCGACUACGAACAUGAGGACAGUUGCCAUUCUCCCUGUGACUUCAGGUGUGCCUGUGGUGGAUUUUGGCAAUCGAUUGUUGAACGCCCUUACGCAAGUUGGCGUUCCUGGUGGCGCCACUUCUCUUAACCAAUCCGCGAUCCUCAACCAUCUCGGCAAGUAUGCCUUUAACAAGAUGGGCAAGCUCAAAUUGUCUCAGUACCUUGCUGACUUGGAAGAGAAAUACGGGUUGGUUGUUUAUGUUGCUGAUACUAACGUCAACUCGCCUUGGACCCAAACUUGUAUCACACAAGCUGAUUGUAUCCUCCUUGUUGGUCUGGCAGAGGCAUCCCCAGAGAUUGGCGAGUAUGAGAGGUUCAUGCUUGGCCAGAAAUCAACAGCGCGGAAAAUAUUGGUCUUGGUCCAUGCCGAUAGAUACUCCCCACCAGGCCUCACCAGAUCUUGGUUGAGGAACCGUGUCUGGAUCAAUGGUGGCCACUAUCACAUACAGAUGGCUUUCAAGACAAAUGCGGUCCCGGUGCAUCCUCCAUCUAAGCGUCUCCGCGCUGCUUUGAAAGAACGAGUCCAAGUUCUUCAAGCCGAGAUUCAGAAGUAUACUAGUCGCAAGAUGCAGCAUACUGCUUACUAUUCACCCGAUGCACCCUUCAAAGGCGACUUUCACCGGCUGGCCAGACGGCUCUGUGGUAAAUCAGUUGGCCUCGUUCUUGGUGGUGGUGGUGCUCGCGGUAUUUCUCAGAUUGGCAUUAUAACAGCCAUGGAGGAAGCUGGAAUUCCAAUUGAUGUCAUUGGAGGGACAUCUAUUGGUGCUUUCAUUGGAGCAUUGUAUGCCCGACAUGCAGAUGUGGUCCCCAUGUUUGGGUUGGCCAAGAAGUUCGCUGGGAGAAUGGGGAGCAUGUGGCGUUUCGCGCUUGACCUGACCUACCCUUCUGCUUCUUACACGACCGGUCAUGAGUUCAAUCGUGGUAUUUUCAAAGCAUUUGGGAAUCAUCAGAUUGAGGACUUCUGGUUGGAGUAUUACUGCAAUACUACAAACAUUAGCAAAAGUAGAGGCGAGAUCCACACCAGUGGGUAUGCUUGGCGGUAUGUGCGAGCUUCUAUGUCUCUGGCAGGUCUUCUACCGCCACUAUGCGAUGAAGGCAGCAUGCUACUCGAUGGAGGUUACAUAGACAACCUGACCGUCUCUCAUAUGAAGUCCGUCGGCGCUGACGUUAUCUUCGCCAUUGAUGUCGGAUCGUUGGAUGACGAUACACCACAGGCCUACGGAGACACUCUGUCGGGAACAUGGGCAUUUGUCAACAGAUGGAAUCCGUUUUCAUCCAUACCUAACCCUCCGACCUUGGCUGAGAUCCAGGGUCGCCUAGCAUACGUCUCAAGUGUUGAUGCACUCGAGAGAGCUAAAACGAUGCCUGGCUGCGUAUACAUGCGUCCGCCUAUUGAUGACUACGGAACCCUUGACUUUGGCAAAUUUGAUGAGAUUUACCAGAUGGGGUACCAGUAUGGUAAGGAAACUUUGGCUCGCCUGCGCGAGGAAGGUGAACUCCCAUUAGUAGAAGAAACGGAAGCCAAGAAAGCUCUCAGGAGGACAAUGGCCCCUCGUAGAGCCAGUAUUUAG